AUGGUUGACAUAAAAAACGAGCUGAAUUUCCCCAAUUCCCAUUAUUUAUCAAGCUUGAAUAACCCAAAUGGACCAAACCAAACCAUUCAUUUAAAUCGCUUGCCUACUUUGGGAGAAAUCUUGGCCAAUAAAUCUAAAACUCCGGUUGAUUUAUUUACAUUUUAUCAGUUUAUGAAGGAUGUCGAAGGGAAAGUGGAUUAUCUUGAUUUUUGGUUUGAUUUGAUCAACCAUUUGAACUUGUGUAAACAUUAUAUUAAGGGAUUGAGAGACUCUAUUGUAAGACAAUCCGGUACAUUCAAUGGUCAACAGCAGCAGCGACCACCAAACGUUGUUCAAGGGUCAAAUGCAACUCAAAGAUCAAACACCUCCUCACCUAAUCCACAGUUGCAACUCAAUCAGAAUCAGAAUCAAAACUAUAGUCCCAUAUCCCCUUCAUUCCCUUCAAAUUCCCCAUCACUCUCAGGUUUGAGGAAUUCUGAUUCAAAUUUGGACAGUCAACAAAAGCAUAAAUCAUUAAGUUCAUCCAUAUUAUUAGAUUUGAUUAUCAAUGAUAAUAUAUUGGAAGAGAAUGAUUCUCAUCGAUUGUCUGCAUUUUUACGAGGUGAUAUAAAUUUGGACAAUUUGGACCCUAAAUUGAAAGAGUUGAUUGUGCAAUAUAAUGAAGAAACAGGAGAGAAUACACAUUCACAAAUGCUGUUAAACAAGGGUAAUGUUUCAGCAAGAUCAUCACCUGGCUUCAUACCAAGUCCAGGAGUACCUGGUUUGUCAUCAUAUCAACCACCACAAUACCCACCAGGGAAAAGAGCAAGCUCCACAUUUAAUUUGUUCAACGAUGAAGAUGAAGACGAUGACGAAGACGACAACAAUACUGACAAUCACGAGCACUCGAGAGAUUCAUUAUAUGAAAACCAAUUAGAUAUAGGCCAAGCAAAUCGAGCUGUGCAUUUUACAAAGUAUGUAUCGUUACAUUCAGGUAACAAUACACCCCAAGAAAACGAUGCUGUAGCUAAUCUAUCAACUAGUAAUCUUGUGCUUUCUGUUCCACCACAGAAACGAGUAUCGUCAGCAAUAAACCCAUCAUUAUUAGAGAGAUUGAUCAAAGACUCACCUGCAGCUUCCAGCAACAACAAUUCAUUUAUAACGAGAGAAAACCUACGCGAAUCAUCACAUAAUCUUCUUCUUAAAUAUUUCGUUGAGGAUUCUGAAAAAAACUUAAACUUACCCCAACAGCUCAAUGCAUACAUCAUCAAAUCGAUAGAAGUUGAUGGACGUGAUGAUCCUGAUGUCUUUAACUAUGUCAAGAAUUUCAUAUAUAACAGGUUGGAAAAUGAUCAUUUACCCAAAUUCCUUGACUUUAUGGCAACUAGAAACAUUAAUCAUUCCAAUUUUUUACGUAUAGUUUUGGGAUUUUUCUUUAUAUUUGGUUCUUUUUGGAUGAGUUUUAUUUUUGUUUUUCUCAACUAUAGAAAAGGUCUUCGGCCAGUCAUUGUGGCUCCUUACUUCAUUGGAUUUUAUUUCAUUGUUUCUUCAAUAUAUCUUGUGGAUCCAUUCUUGGCAUGGACAGGUUUACUGGAAACGUUUAGUAAAAGUAAUGGUAGAUCGAUAUUGAAAAUCGAGGAAAAAUUUGUUCAUCAGUUUAUUGUCAAACGGAGUUUCUGGGUGAUGUUUUUGAUUUUAGUUUUUACGGCGGUAUUUACUGUUUUAUUUAGUCUUGUUCCUGGUCAUCGACUAUAA